AUGACCAAGCAACGCUCCACUUCAUCGAGGCGGUCCUCGUCGCUUGCGGCGAAAGUCAUGACCUUCGCCACCGCCGCCCUUGCCCUUUCUUCGCACGCAUCCGCAGCGAACAAGGCUGGCACAUUCGAAAUCGUCAACACCAAUUCGCUCGCCUCCGCCAUGAUGCUCGGUGUCAUCGACGAAGACACCGUCUUCAUCUUGGACAAGGCAGAGAACAACUCGGCUCGUCUCGCAGACGGUCGCCCCGUCUGGGGCUCGUACUACAAGCUCUCGGACAACUCGGUCACCGGAACCGCCGUUCAGACCAACACUUUCUGUGCUGCAGGUGCGACGAUGGGUAACGGCUCCUGGCUCGUCGCUGGAGGCAACCAGGCUGUCGGUUAUGGUGGCGCUUCCCAGGCUCAGAACCUCAAUCCGUACCAGGAUUACGAUGGUACCAGGGCCAUUCGUCUGCUUGAGCCAGGCUCCGACACGUGGAUCGACUCGCCCAGCACCAGCAUUACACAGGUCAACAUGCUCCAAUCUGCUCGUUGGUACCCUGGUAUCGAGACGCUCGAGGAUGGCAGCGUCAUCUUCAUCGGCGGUGCUGUUUCCGGUGGUUACAUCAACCGCAACACUCCCACCACCGACACGCUAUACCAGAACGGUGGUGCCAACCCUACCUACGAAUACUUCCCCGCCAAGACCGUCGGAAACUUGCCCAUCUCUCAGUUCAUGAGCAAGACCAACGGUCUCAACAUGUACGCCCACACCUACCUCAUGCCUUCCGGCAAGAUCUUCAUGCAGGCCAACACCAGCGCCAUCCUCUGGGACCACUACAACAACAUCGAAACCACACUCCCCGAGAUGCCCGGCGGUGUCGUCCGUGUCUACCCGGCUUCGGGCGCCGUGGCCAUGCUUCCUCUCACGCCUCAAAACUCGUACACCCCCACCGUCCUCUUCUGCGGCGGUAGCGUCAUGAGUGACACCUUCUGGGGCAACUACAGUGGUCCCGGUGGCAACAUCCUUGGCGUCACUGCUUCCGCCGAUUGCUCGUCCAUCACCCCGGAGGAUCACCAAGGCAACCAGACCCCUAACAUGCAGUACGUCCAGGAGGAGACUCUGCCUCAGGGCCGAAGCAUGGGUCAGUUCAUCCACCUCCCCGACGGAACCAUGGUCAUCGUCAACGGCGCCAACAAGGGUACCGCUGGUUACACCAACGCCACGUACAACACCAUCCAGUACCAGGGCCAGACCGUGGUCACCGAGGGUCUCUCGCAGGAUCCCACCUACGUGCCCGUUCUCUACGACCCUUCCAAGCCCAAGGGACAGCGUCUCUCGAACACGGGCUUCCAGCCCUCCACCAUCGCUCGUCUCUACCACUCGACUGCCGUGCUGCUUUCCGACGGUUCGGUCAUGAUUGCUGGCUCCAACCCGCACCAGGACGUCUCGCUCAACAUGCCCACCGGCACCACCCCGCAGGCCUUCAACACGACGUACGAGAUCGAAAAGUGGUACCCUCCCUACUGGGAUCAGCCGCGCCCUUACCCUCAGGGCAUGCCUUCCUCGGUUCUCUACGGCGGCAACCCCUUCAACAUCACCGUCAACGGCACUUUCAUGGGGGACUCGGCGAACGCCAAGGCUGCCAACACCAAGUUUGCUAUUAUCCGAACUGGUUUCUCGACGCACGCUAUGAACAUGGGCCAGCGUGCCGUUUACCUCGACUACACCUACACUGUCAACGAGGACGCCUCGGUCACCUACAUGGUCAACCCCUUGCCCAACACGAUCGCCAUGAACCGCCUCCUCGUUCCUGGUCCUGCCUAUUUCUUCGUCACUGUCGGUGGCGUCCCAAGCUACGGCAAGAUGAUCUCGGUCGGAACCGCCGCUUUGGGUGGCGUUGUGCCCACGCAGUACAACCUCGGGUCCGCCCUCGUCUCGCUUCCCGCUGCUGUCAACAGCACCAAGUUCACCGCUUCCAUCUCGAGGGCCGGUAGCUCCACCUCCGAGUUUGGCCUCGGCAAGAUCAUCGGCAUUGCCGUCGCUGGUGCUGCCGUCUUGGCCUUGAUCGCCCUUGGCUGCUGUCUCUGGAGGCGCAAAGGCAAGAGGAACGGCGAGAAGGCUGCUACUGGAGGAGCGGCCGCCCCUUGGUCCAACACCCGAGACCUUGGCUCGGGUGGUCCCGAGUACAAGCGCGUCGAGACGCCUGUUGGCUCGGUCGCCGGCGGUCGCUUUGCUGGCGCGAGGAUGGACAGCUCCAACACGUUCGAGAGCUACCGCAUGUCGGAUCAGAUCAGCGAGAGCAAGGAUGGCUACUACGACCACUCUCGCAGCGGCAGCCGCGCAGGCUACGCGCCGAGCCCUCUUGCCUACGAUCAGUACGGCCGCGCCAGUGCGCAGGGCUCGUAUCAACAGCAGGGCUGGGGCGAAUACCACGCUGGGGAUGCCGGCGCCUACUACGAGGACAACCCGCAAAGGUAUGGCAGCGGUGGCGGCAGUGCCGGUCGUGGUGGAGGACGAAGCUACGAUUAUCCGCCAGAGCAGCAGCAGCACUAUUCGCAACAGCAGCAGUACUCACAACAAUCGCAGCGUCAAUACUACGACAGCCCACGCCAUCAGCACUCGGGUAGCUACUCGAGCCGACGUUGA